AGGUUUUGUACCUAAGGAUGACAAGAUCUUGUCGAAACGUUGUACAUUUAUAAAGUUUUUUCAUUAUCCAGUCAAGCUGUCUCAAACUUUUAGAUGUCACUUUUGCAGACCAUCAUAUUGUUGGAAUACGUUAGUUAAAUUAGUAAUUUGCUUGGUUGAUUAAUUAUGCCAAACAGUAAAUGAAAUCGCCUAAAACGGAGUAAAAGUAAAAUAGACGGUUAUAUCAAAAAUUAUAAGGAAAAUACAUAUCAAAGAAUAGGUACUACAUAAUGUCUGUUAAUAACAUGAGGAAUAAAUUCCAGACCAUCAAUGAAGAUAAGAUUCUCUUGCAACCAUUCAACUACAUAUUACAAGUACCAGGAAAAAAUAUUCGAAGUAAACUUACGAAGGCUUUCAAUCACUGGCUGAAUGUUACACCUGAAAUGUGUCAAGUAAUAGGCGAGGUUGUUCAAAUGUUGCAUAAUGCUAGCUUGUUAAUUGAUGACAUAGAAGAUAAUUCCUGUCUAAGACGAGGGAUUCCAGUAGCUCACCACAUUUUUGGUGUUGCUAGCACUGUCAACACAGCUAACUAUGUAUAUUUCUUGGGGCUGGAGAAGUUGCUGAAAUUGGGAAAACCAGAGGCUACAGUUGUCUACACAG